AUGCUGGAGACAUACAGGAACCUCACCGCUACUGGCUACAGUUGGGAAGACCAUAAUUUUGAAGAGUAUUGUCAAUGUGCUAGAAAACAUGGAAGGAAUGAAAGAAACCAUAAUGUAGAGAAACCCUCUGAAUAUACCCAAGAUGAUAAAGCGUUUGCAUCCUUUUCACAGAACAAUCAUCUUCAAGUACAUCAAAGGACACAUACUGGAGAGAAACCUUAUCAAUGUAAUCAAUGUGAUAAAGCUUUUUCAAAACACUCUAACCUCCAAAUACAUGAAAGAACACAGACUAAAGAGAAACCCCAUGAAUGUAAUGAAUGCGGUAAAGUCUUUGCACGUCAAUAUAAUCUCCAACUUCACAAAAGAAGACAUACUGGAGAAAAUACCUCCACGUGUAAUCAAUGUGGUAAAGUCUUUUUACAACUCAGUAGUCUCCGAGUACAUCAGAGGACACAUACUGGAGAGAAACCCUAUACAUGUAAUCAAUGUGGUAAAGCCUUUUUACAGAACUGUCAUCUUCAAGUACAUCAAAGGACACAUACUGGAGAGAAACCCUAUACAUGUAAUCAAUGUGGUAAAGCCUUUUCACAGAACAGUAAUCUUCGAAUACAUCAAAGGACACAUACUGGAGAGAAACCUUAUAAAUGUAAUCAAUGUGAUGAAGCUUUUGUGAAGCGCUCCAAACUCCAAAGACACAAAAGAACACAUACUGGAGAGAAACCCUAUGAAUGUAAUCAAUGUGGUAAAGCCUUUUCAUAUAUCAAUAGUCUCCAAGUUCACAAAAGAACACAUACUGGAGAAAAGCCAUAUGAAUGUGAUCAAUGUGAUAAAGCCUUUUCACAAUUCAGUAGUCUACAAACACAUAAAAGAAUACAUACUGGAGAGAAGCCUUAUAAAUGUAAUCAAUGUGAUAAAGCCUUUUCACAUUGCAGUAGUCUAAAAUCACAUAAAAGAACACAUACUGGAGAGAAACCUUAUAAAUGUAAUCAAUGUAGUAAGGCCUUUGCAUGUCGUAAAAGUGUAUGCAUCCAUAAAGGAACACAUGCUGAAUAG